CCCACCAGUCUGCUCUGGACCUCCGCCGCUGACGCCGCACCCCGCUGUACGCCACACGCACUGUGCUGCUCUGCUCCGACAUGGCACGCGCUGCUUCUCUGCUGGUGCUGGCGGCGGCCCUAUGGCUGUGCGUGUGCUCCCAGCAGACGAACGCCUUCUGGCUGCCAAGCUGGGCCAGUUGGUACAAGAAGCCGGACGUGGCGACGGCGUACUCGGCGGGCACGUAUCCUGCGCCGGCGGAGGCGCCUUCGCAGUUCACCGGGCACUCCCUGUACGGCGGCGGGCCGGCUCAGGCGCUGCCGGUGGCGGUGCCGUACCCCGUGCCCGUCGGGCCGCACCUGCAGGUGGGCCAGCCGCACCCAGACCCUGCAGCUGCAGCUGCCGCUAGCGCCUACACCCUGCAGCCGCCCCGCUGCUUUCUCCGAGGGGAGAUGCCGCCCAACGCCGGACAGCUGUCGCUGAGUAGCUACAGUGUGGGCGUGUCCAGCGGCGGCAACGGCGUGGGCGUGGCGAGCGACGCCGGGGGCGCCGGCGUGGGCGGCGUGGGCGUCAGCGUGGGCGGCCUGCAGCUGGUGCCGUGCUGGUGCUCCGUGGCCAGGGUCGAGAGCGAGGAGUCCUCCGGGGGCGCCGGUUCGGUCCCCGGCGCCGGCAGCGCGGGUGGCUCCUUCAUGGUGCAGGCAGCGCAGCCCGUGGGCAACUAGCGGCUGCCGUCCGCUGGGAGGCGUCCCGACAACGCCACGGCCGGCUCCACAGCACUGCGGCGGGCACUGCUAACACACUCACAGGGGGCGCCUGUGGAGCGCCGCACUCUGCCGUUGGCGGGACACCUCACACACUGGCUGGCCUCGCAGUGACGUCAUUCUCCUAACCCACCUCAUACCUUCACCUCACUUCCUGCGCCAACGAUCACACCUUCGGUUUAGUUUCGAGAUAACUGCUUCAAGUAGCAGUAUCUCACUGGGAUUAAGGAAUCCUACUCUCCCACCAAACGUUUUGUUGUAAAUAUUGUUUGCCUCUUUAUAUACUAAAAAGUGGAAUAUAAUGUUUCUUGCAAUACAUUAGAGUAACUUGCAGUACUACUCAUUUUCUGCUUCUUCUUUCACUUGGUGUCAGAUCACUUACAGUGAUCAUACUUUUGGGCUUGACUCUCUCAUAAUACUAUUUUACAAAUAAUCGAUGCAGCAUACUUCAUGAUAGUAGCAGUCACUUACUGAUGUUCUUGCUGUCAUACCUUUCCUAGCAGCCUUUGCAGCAUUGUGUUUCUGUAAGACAAGGUCCUUGUGUACCCAUGUGCAGCAUGAGAAGAUUUGACAGCUACCCUCAGUUCGAUAGUACUAAAAGCUGCCAGACUUCAAUACUCCAGGGGCAGUUUUGGAUGUGGGAGCGUAGUGGGACGAAAAAAGAUGACGUUCCCAUCGCUGCCGAGAUUUUCUGAACAACAAAUUUUCCAGCUGCUGGUGCUUCCUGAGACAUUGACUGCUAUCACAAUACAACUUUCAUUAUUUACGAUAACAGUCGUAAACCUUUUUAACCCCCAUAUUACAGAUUUCAGCUCCUUGCUUUUACAGAACAUGUUGCUCAAACAACUGCUAUCAGUUAACACUAUUUCGAUUUACCAACGAAUAUAACAAUAAGCAUUUGCAGAAAACAUUCACAGCGUUUAUUUUGAACACGAAACAAAUCCAUUAUAAAGCAAAAUGACGCUGUACUGCGCAUACACUCUUACGGUUUAUUUCCGUACUUCUUCUUGCUAACAGGGAUCGAUGUACCACUUUUCAGACGCUCAUUUUGUGCAUUCGAAUAUUUACUGUCUGUUUUCAUCGUCUUAUUCAUACAUCGCCACAUUGCACGAAACGUGCAACAUCUGAGUUCAACUGCUCACACAGUGCGAGUCACUGCUAGCUACAUAAGACGUGGUCUCCUGCUUUAAUGCGUGAAUAUGAAUAUGUAUUCACGGUAGGGCACAUUUAAUAUUGCUUGUUCAAAUCAGUACAGGUCUUGCUUAGCUAGCCUCUAUCUAUCCCAGUCGAUGCAGUCACGAUGUGUUCUUACUUUUGUUUCGUAUCAUCAUGCAUUGACAGUUACUAGCUGCUGCCUGUGUAAAAAUUUCGUAACGUAUCUAUUGUACAUAGUAGGAAUUAAUAAAAUUAUUAUAGUUCGUUACGAUAACAUUAGAAAUGAAAAUAAGAUUUUACUAAGAUAAUAAAAUUGCAUUUAAACAUUACGACAGAAUAAGCUAUAUUAUUCAGAAUGUAUAUUAUUAAGUUAUUGUUGUAUGAAUAAUACUUGAACUAAUAAAUGGUCUAUGUAACUUAA